AGGAAGCCAUGACAGUCCUGGAUGCUUUGCACAUACACAGACACACACCCUUUAAGGAUUAUGCAGGGUAUUUUUUUAAUGCAGGGGUAUUAUAUUGUAGUUAUAUUCUAACUGCGUCGUGAACGCAGUUCGUUUGUAGGUCGUGCUUAUUCAGAUCGCUAUUUUCUGUCCGCUAUGAAUUCGCGAGCUUUCGCCUUUUGCAGGAGGUCAUGGCACGUCCGAUUUGUUAUGUUUUCCGCACUUUGGGGCUUAGCUUUCACCGUGACGCGGUACUCCAUCCCGGAGGAAACUGCAGAAGGAACUGUGGUGGCGAAUUUAGCCGCGGAUUUGGGUCUGGACGCGCGCAGCCUCGCGGAGCGCAAUGUGAAACUCGACUACAUCCACAGCAAAAAAUACCUGGAUAUUAACAAAGACACCGGAGACAUGUUCAUAACCGAAAAGAUCGACAGAGAGCACAUAUGUCCCGCAAAGACGUCCUCGUCCUGUUUCCUUAAAAUGGACGUUGUCAUAGAAAAUCCGUUACGCAUAUUCAACCUCGAGCUGGAAAUCAUGGACAUAAACGAUAACGCCCCUCAGUUCAGGAGGGAGCGCAUACCGCUGGAUAUCUCAGAAUCAGCAAGGCCUGGAGAGAAAUUUUCUUUAAAUAACGCAGUUGACGCUGAUGUUGGAGAAAACUCGAUCAAGACUUAUUUCCUGAGCCAAAGUGACGAGUUCACUAUUGAGAUUCAGUCAGGAAGCGACGGCACGAAAUACGUGGACCUCGUUCUCCAAGCACCUCUGGACAGAGAAAAGCAGGCUAUGCACAGUCUCAUCCUCACAGCCGUGGAUGGUGGCACACCGGCACGGACUGGUACCGCCACAGUCAUUGUGAAAGUACUGGACACUAAUGACAACACUCCUCAGUUUGACCGACAGGUGUAUUCAGUUGAUCUUGUAGAAAAUGCCUCGGCCGGUACGCUGGUCAUGCAUCUCAACGCAACAGACAAGGAUGAAGGCAGCAAUGCUCAGGUUGUGUACUCAUACACGCUGUACACGUCUGAAAAAACACAGGAAAAGUUCUCGCUGGAUCCCAAUAGCGGAGAAAUCAGAGUGAAAGGGGUGAUCGAUUAUGAGGAGACGAGAAGUUUUGAAAUGUACGUUGAAGCCAAGGACAAAGCUGUAAGUCCACUUUCUGCACAAUGCAAAAUAUUGGUAUUUGUCACAGACUUAAAUGACAAUUAUCCUGACAUCAUAGUUAAAUCAUUCAAAAGCUCAAUUAAGGAGAACACACCUACGGGAACGGUGAUAGCAGUGGUCAGUGUGAGUGACAGAGACUCUGGAGAUAAUGGCAAAGUUUUUAUUUCUUUACACGAUGCUCAUGUGUUGCCUUUUCUUCUAAACAAAUCAUCUGAGGAUUACUUUGAACUGACUAUAAAAGAUCCACUAGACCGUGAGAAAGAUUCUAGUUAUGAAAUCAUGCUUCAUGUUACGGAUGGAGGAACACCUCCACUAACUGACAAUGAGACUAUUAGCUUGGAGAUCCUGGAUGUAAACGACAAUGCUCCAGCGUUUUCUCAGUCCUUUUACACAAUUCAUCUGCCUGAAAACAAUGAGCCAGGUGAGCUACUCUGCUCUCUCACUGCACACGACCCAGAUCUGAAUGAAAACCAGUACUUGGUCUAUUUUAUAGUAGAGAAAGAGAUCUCCAACAUGUCUGUGUCUACAUUGUUCUCGGUAAACCCAGAAAAUGGGAACUUGUAUGCUCUGCGUGCCUUUGACUUCGAGCGUGAGAGGGAGUUUCUCUUUCACAUAGAAGCUCAAGACUCUGGUGUUCCACCUCUCAGUAGCAAUGCUACAGUGCAAGUGAUAAUUCUUGACCAGAACGACAACACACCUCAAAUCGUGUCACCGUGGAGGGCUCAUGACUCUGUCGUUGACCAGGUGAUUUCACGAGCCGCCGAUCAGGGCUCGCUGGUGGCAAAGGUCAUCGCACUGGAUGCGGACUCAGCACAGAACUCACGUGUCACCUACCAGUUCCUCCAGGUCACUGAUGCGUCUCUGUUCACUUUGGACCGCUACAACGGUGAGGUGCGAACCACUCGUAUGUUCACCUACCGAGAUCCCAAACAUCAACGACUUGUGAUUGUUGCCAAAGAUAAUGGAGAUCCUCCACGCUCUGCUACAGUCACCAUUAAAGUGUCCACUGUGGAACAAGUAGUGGUCACGCAGUUAACUGAGACGACUGAGAUGCCGAUGGAAUAUGAUCUGUUCACAGAUUUGAACCUGUAUCUCUUGCUCAGUCUGGGGUCUGUGUCUUUUCUUCUACUCAUCACCAUUUUGGUCAUCAUUGUGCUGAAGUGUCAGAAGCCCAAACCCUCCAAAGCAGCUGUUCAUAGUCGAAACAGCGUGACCAGCCAGAGGAAUUCAACCAUCGGUGACUCCACCCUCAUCUCCAGUGAUGCUUACUGGUACAGUCUUUUUCUAGCUGAAACUCGGAAAGGAAAAGUGGUGGUUCGACAGCCAUUGCCCAACGGCUCCGGCUUCAUCGUGUCUAGUAUACCACGGAGUGUUGCUCUCACAACUACCAGUGAAUCGAGAUCUUCCACACUGCAGGAAUCCAGCAGUGAUCUACCUUGAUCCUGAAUCUUCCUCAUAGAUCAUCAUCCCAGGUGAACACAUAUCUUGACCUAGUUGGAGAGGUCAUGUUCUGAUAAACACUCGAAAAACCUCUCAUUUACCCACCCUAUUUCUCAUGAACCUGUACAACAAAGACUUUGCAUGGCUAAAAAGAGUUUACUAAAGAGUAACUGAAUUAAGUCAUGAAAGGACUCUAAAUAUUGAGAGGAAGAAAGAAGAUGGUUACCUUAAAACCCUGUGAAAAGGUGAGAAGAGAAACAAACCACAGAAAAAUGUACACAAUGUACACAGAUGUACACAAACCAAGAUAAAUUCAAAAUAUAUAUUUGACUUUUUUCCCCUUUGGAAAUCAAUCUAUUAAGCAUGCCAAACCACUGCAACUCUGGUCAAGCACUCUGAACUGGACAAAAACCUAUUCAUGUAAAAUAGAAUCUGAAGAGCACAAUUUCAUGAACCAGGCAUGUGGCUUUUUUGGUGAUCUAGAAAGAACCUUAACUUUUGCCUUGUAACUUCUCAUACAAUUUGUCUUGUGUGAAUUGUUACAAAUCAGUGUGUUAUAUGCAAACUGCCCAUAUAGGGCGAUUUUUUCUUUCAUACCAAGGCUAGAUUUUGAGAAUCAAGGAAAUGACAAACAUUCAUUCAUAAGUUAUAUAGUGAUGAACUUCUGUACUCCUCUUCUAUUUGCAUGGAGUGUUUGUAGCAUAUAAUCUUGCUGAAAGCCUGGAAUAUAUAUAUUAUAUAGCUCAGGUCAAACAAAUGCUAACACUACCUGCCCAUAUACAAUACUUUCUACCUGCACCUGCUUCAGAUCUGCUGCUCGCAAAACUACUUCAGUUUACAUUACAAGACCUUAAUAAAGUUUUUUGAAACCCUGCUGCUUCCGAUGCAUCGAGACUACCCAACAAUCUGUGCAGCUAAUGUACAGAAAUAACACAUGCAGGCAUGCACAGAUAUGUGUGUAGCUACGAAGCUUUAAAGAAGCAAUAAGUAGCAUCUAAAUAUUAGGUCAAAUGAAACAAAACUCUCCAAAACAUGGGUCUGGAAAUGUGCAGUAUCUCACAGUAUCUUGUUGCCAACGGUUUAGACAUUAAUGGCUGUGUGUUGAGUUAUUUUGAGGGGACAGCAAAUUUACACUGUUAUACAGGCUGUACACUCACUACUUUACAUUGGAGCAGAGUGUCAUUUCUUCAGUGUUGUCACAUGAAAAGAUAUAAUAAAAUAUUUACAAAAAUGUGAGGGGUGUACUCACUUUUGUGAGAUACUGUAUGUUGUAUAUCAGAGAGAGAGAGAGAGAGAGAGAGAGAGACAGAAAGACACUGAAUAUUUACCAAGAAGUUACAGAUUUGUUUAUUUCUCAAAUAGUUAAGCAUGACUUCAUUGGCAAAAUUAAAUAAAACCCCUGCAAUUAUGGCUGAAAAUUGCAUACUAAAAUUUGUAUACUAUAUGAGUAGAGCAGAAUGUACGUGGUUAGUCGUGCGAUCAACAAAGAGUCGAGAUAAAUGAGACUGUUGUGACUGAAAUACUACUUACUGCUUCUUUAGAUAUGAUCAGACUGUUUUUGUAUAACAAGCUGUAUGGCUUUGUAAUUUUUUGCCAACAUGUAAGCGGGUUUUUGAAAUUUUUUAUUGUUUUAUAGAUGUAUGAAGGGCAAACACUGAUGUAUAUAUGUAUUAUAAAACCAAGAAGUGUAUUGUGUAUAUUACUGCUUUGUGUUAAGUGCAUUAUGUUCCACAUUGUAAUCAUGCUGCAGUGUUCAAAAAUGCCAAAAUGAUAGAAAAAAAGCAAGCUAACUGUAUUCCGUGAAAGAAAAAAAACUGAAAAUGAAACAAGAAGGAAAUGAAUGGAAGAGAGAAAGUAAAGAGUGUGUAUUUGAAAUGUGAAUCAAGUGUUGCAGUUGUUAGACCCACAUUGUAUCUUAACGAACAGGAAACUCUAAAAACACACUUACUUAUAUUGGAUAUACUUUAUAUGUGUAUUAAAUUGUUUAUAUAUGGUAUAAAGCACAAUUUUAACACAAAUGUUGAAAUAAGGUUUAUGCUGCUGUGGCAUUUUACACAAAAUAUUUGUUAUAAUUGUGCUGAGUCUGUAUAUUUAAACAAUUUGUAACACCUCCUACAGCCAAAUGUCCAAGUGGCCAGCCAUAGAAAAGGAAAAGGUUACAGUGAAAUGAGAGAAAGGAAAAACUGUGCCUUUUUUUGUUUUGCUUUUUUAUGUUCUGUGCUCUGUGAGUGAGCGCAGAAGCAGUGUUCCUUGGUCUUGGAUGUGUGACUGCGAUCUGAACAGUGUGUAAAGAGUGCCAUCUGGACAGACGGAGUUUCUUCAAUUUAUUUGCAUUCAAAAUGAAUUUACGAACAAAAAGAGACUCUGGUUAUUGUUUUUCCCCAGAAUAAUUAGUGUGUGCUUCAGUAUUUAUUUUCAAUUUUAAUCGUAGAUCUUGAGUUCACAGUGUUAUUAUCUUGGAAAGUGAGAUGUUUGCCAGUGGGUGUAUGGACAUAAAAUUUCUUUCUAAAGUAUCAGAAUUAGAAUGUUAUUUCUUCUUUAAAGUUGCUCUUCUAAAUAUAGCAACAUAAAUAAAGUAUUUAUGAAUUGUUUCAUUUUUCUGGGUCAUUGUUAU